AGAAAGAAAGAAAGAAAGAAAGAAAGAAAGAAAGAAAGAAAGAAAGAAAGAAAGAAAGACAUUUUAAAAUGUGUAAAUCUUUAAUAUGUUAUUAAACUAUUUUGGUGUGAACACAUUAAUCGUUAACACAUUAUUGUGUAUAAAUACCAAACAUGACACGCAUGGCGAAAAGAUGUAUGUAAAUAUUCCAGCGCAACACAAAGGCACUCAGUGGUAGAAAUGUGUAAGCGCAACCAGACUGGUGAAAUCCACCUCGUACACUGAUAAAACAACCCUGUGCAUUCUGUGCGUGUGCAGACGGCUGCUGUGUCCGAGCACCACUUAAAGAUCAAGUAAAUCCUAUAGCUUUGCAUUACAUAAACCUCAUUUCAAAACCAAGACAUACAGAACUUGGAGGAUUUUCAGCGAUCCGUUAAACACGACUAGCGUUGUUCCUUUUUGAACCAUCGACAUAUGGAGUUGUUCGUUGCACACUACUACAUCCUUAAACAAAUGUGUCAAACGUACAGAGUUUAGAGCCGCGUGCGUGGCCCGUGGGAGCAGUGCGCUCGGAGGCGCAUUUUACGCACGAUGGAGAGUCCCCUAAAAGACGCGCUUUUCCGGUCCUUCAACGAUUCUCUUGUGAACUCCAGCAGAGGAAACGACAGCGCUGGAUUGAAUCAAACAACAAACCCCCUGAAGCGUAACGAAGAAGUGGCUAAAGUCGAAGUAACGGUCCUAGUUCUAAUCCUACUGUUUGCGCUCGCUGGCAACCUGUGCGUCCUUCUGGCUAUUCAUACAAGCAAACACGGCCAGUCGCGGAUGUAUUAUUUUAUGAAGCACCUGAGCAUAGCUGACCUGGUGGUGGCGGUUUUUCAAGUACUCCCUCAACUUAUCUGGGACAUCACUUUUCGCUUUUAUGGUCCGGAUAUACUGUGCCGCUUGGUGAAGUACUUACAGGUGGUUGGCAUGUUUGCGUCGACCUAUAUGCUGGUGCUGAUGUCGACAGACAGGUGUUUGGCUAUAUGGCAGCCGCUGCGGUCCCUGCGUCGUCGAAAUGACCGUUUUUACGUGAUCGCAUCAUGGAUUAUGAGCCUGCUUUUCAGCGCGCCCCAGGUGUACAUCUUCUCGCUCAAAGAGGUUGGUGACGGGGUGUACGACUGCUGGGGAGAUUUUAUUCAGCCCUGGGGCGCGAAGGCGUACGUUACGUGGAUUAGUCUAACCAUCUAUGUCAUUCCUGUGGCCAUCCUAAGUGUUUGUUACGGUCUGAUAAGUUAUAAGAUAUGGCAAAAUUUUAAACUGAAGACCCGGAGGGAACAGUGUCUGUCGCUGACCCCGCGCCCCGCUAAAGGACCUGCGCUCUCUCGCGUCAGUAGCGUCAAACUGAUAUCCAAGGCCAAGAUCAGGACAGUGAAAAUGACGUUUGUGAUCGUCCUGGCUUAUAUUAUCUGCUGGACACCGUUCUUCUUCGUUCAGAUGUGGUCAGCCUGGGAUCCGAUGGCUCCAAGAGAAGCUUUGGCGUUUAUCAUUGCCAUGCUUCUGGCCAGCCUCAACAGCUGCUGCAACCCCUGGAUCUACAUGUUUUUCGCCGGCCAUCUCUUCCGGGAUCUCAUGGAACGCUGUGUUACGGCGUCAAACUGUGGCUGUAAGAGGCAGUGGAGAUCUAGGAAUCAUUUGGGCACUGGUGCCAUACGAAGUAACAGCAGUCAAAAGAGCGUGACACAGACCUCUACCACAUGAUACUGUACCUGUCACCUUCAUGGCCCAAACGAUAAAAUAAUAUAAGCUAAGAAAUCAUGUGAUUGGGAUGCUAAAUUAUGCCUGUGUAAAAAGUAUUUAAGAGAUGAAGGAACAUUCAAAUCUAUUCAGUGCUACAAGACUUUCCACAAAGAUCAAUCGAUGGGCAAUGGGAUUGACAUCCAUCUCUCUCAUCUUCACUAACGCAGUUUGGCUGUUUGUUCAUUAUUUUGAGUGAUUUCCCCUGACGCACAAAACAAUUUGCCAGUUUUUGUGACCGUUGUACCCACACUCUUCUGUAGUUGAGGAAUCAUCUCCUGGGUUUUGUAUCGAGCAGCUUGUCUUUCCAUGUUGUUAUGAACCCCUUUUACAAAUUCACACCUCGUUCUCCAGUGUAUUUUGGGAACGAAUCGUAAUCAGGACACAAACCCCCAAAAUCUCACCAUAGCUUUCCCAACUUUGCUAUCUGUAUUUUGAAGAAACUCUAAUAAGAAGUCAUUGCUUCAGAAACAUCCCGUUCUGUCACGGAUAUUAAUCCAUUUAUUAGAUCGCUGAAAACUGAACAGUCUGGGUGAAAAUCAGAUCAAUCAAAUAAAGAUAAUGAUAAUUCAGUCAGGCUGAUCCAACAAAUGGCCAUUUCUGACUUGGUGUUUUGGCUUUUAUUGCUGUAUUGUAAACAAAUUAAAUCAUUUAAAAUGAUUAAUAUCUUAUGCAUGAACCAAACAACUUUUCAAUGCCAUCUUUUUUGAGUGCUGUUUUUUCACAAUAUUUCUCAGUGGCGCAGUGGCUGUUGUGGUUUGUCAUUUGUGGUUAAAUUGUGUUAUUAUUGUAAAUAUGUAUACCAUUUCUUUCUAAAUAUUUUCAUUAAGUGC